AUGACCGAUGAUCGACUAUUUUAUUCAUUAACAGAAUCAUCUUUACUCGAUACUUAUCUCCUCUAUGGCAUCAUUGGUUUUCUUAUAUUCAUAGCAUUUAUUGGUUUUAUUGUACUUUUGGCAACAUCAUUUUGUUGUUUUUAUUCAAUAUCAUCUUGCUUUUGUUCUUGUCCGUAUCCUCGACAUUCAUCCUAUAAAUUAAAUGAAAGAUCAAAAAAAGAGAAAGAUAAAAAGAAACAUGUUUUUCUAAAACGUCAUACAAGCGAUAUAACUGAUUUUUCACAUUUAUAUGAAACUUAUCCACAUUUAAUCCAUAGUAAAACAGCAUCAACAGCAAACAUUAACAAUAAAAAAUUCGAUGAAAGUUGUACAACAAUUAAUACACUUGUUAAUCCUGUUUCUCCAUGCAGUUCAUUUCGUUCAUUAAAUCAACCAGCUUCACCUGUAAAAAAGUAUGUUGAUCAUUCAUCACAAUCACAUAAAGAGAAGACCAAUCUAUCAGCGAAAGACGUUGGUUCUCGACCAUUUGCUUACAUAAACAAUGUAAAUGAUUGUACAAAAAUCUUACGUCGACUUCCACAUUAUGAUCGUUCUACUUCACCAUCGAUUGUAUCUAUAGAUAUGGCACGAAUGUCAUCGUUUGAAAAUGAAAAUCAUAAUCAAACACAUUCUCCUUGUACAAAUAUUUAUGAAACAGUAAUACCAAUAACAAACAAUAAUGCCCUAUCCGACCAAUCAGCAGCACCUAUUUACGAAACCGAAUGGAAACAUAGUUUAAAACACAUUAUGAUGAAUCGAAUACCAUUGAUUGAAAAGAAUACAAUUUCUGUCAUUGAACUUCCAUCAUUAACACCUGAUUUUACACCAACAAAUCAAUAUUUUCAACAACAAUAUCUCUACGAGAGAUUUUUAGCAAAUCGAACAAAAGUAUCUGAUUCAAUGCGACGAGCUAAUAUGCUUAAGCGAUUAAAUGACGAUGCAGCUUUUCUUUAUUAG